UUGGAAGCCUUGAUGUGCCUCGGCCAAACAGCAGGGUGGAGAUUGUGACUGCAAUGCGGAGAAUCAGGUACGAGUUUAAAGCAAAGAACAUCAAGAAGAAGAAAGUGAGUCUCCUGGUGUCAGUGGACGGGGUGAAGGUACUGCUGAAGAAGAAGAAGAAGAAAAGAGAGUGGACCUGGGACGAGAGCAAAAUGCUGGUGAUGCAGGAUCCCAUCUACAGGAUAUUCUACGUGUCCCACGACUCCCAGGACCUGAAGAUCUUCAGCUACAUCGCCAGAGACGGCUCUAGCAACGUCUUCAGGUGUAACGUCUUCAAGUCCAAGAAGAAGAGCCAGGCCAUGCGCAUCGUCCGCACCGUGGGGCAGGCCUUCGAGGUCUGCCACAAGCUGAGCCUGCAGCACACCCAGCAGGAUGCGGACGGGCAGGAGGAUGGUGACAGCGAGGACAUGGGUGGCCCAGCCUGCCACCCAGCCAGAGCUGAGAAGGCAGCUGUCCCCGCAGAGGAGACCGAUAUCGACGCAGUGGAGAUCCCUCCACCAGGGAGCAGCACCCUGGAGUUCAGCCGGGGGGUGACGGACCUUGACGCCGUGGGGAAGGACUUGGGACACUCUCCGGACACCAAGGACUCCCUCCACUCCGAGAGUAUCCUGACUGCAUCGCCCAAGCUGCUGCUCCCCUCCUCCUCCCAGCUGCCGGACCUGGGGACCCCUCUCUCCGCUCAUCACCAAAUGCAGCUUCUCCGGCAGCUUCUGCAGCAACAGACGCAACAGACACAAGUGGCCAUGGCCCAGGUUCACCUGCUGAAGGACCAGCUGGCUGCAGAGGCAGCAGCUCGGCUGGAGGCCCAGGCGCGCGUGCACCAGCUCCUGCUGCAGAACAAGGACAUGCUCCAGCACAUCUCGCUGCUGGUCAGGCAGGUGCAGGAGCUGGAGCUGAAGCUGUCAGGAAGCAACACCAUAGGCUCCCAGGACAGUCUGCUGGAGAUCACCUACCGCUGCAAUGCCCUGCCGGUGCUGUGCGACCCCACCACCCCAAAGCCUGAGGACCUCCACCUGCCGCUGCUGGGCCCUGGCCCUGACUCCACCCAUGCCCUGGGCAGCCCCAUAGGUAGGAGUGACUGCUUGGUGAAGCUGGAGUACUUCCGCUUCCCCCCAGGCGCCACGUCACCGUCAGAGCCUCUCCUGGGCAGCCUGGAGCUCAUCAAGUUCCGUGAGUCGGGCAUUGCCUCAGAGUACGAGUCCAACACAGACGAGAGCGAGGAGCGCGACUCGUGGGCCCAGGAGGAGCCACCGCGUCUGCUCAACGUGCGGCACACGCAGGGCCUGGGGGACAGCCUGGACGAUGAGAUCGCUGUGUAGGAGGGUGGCUGUCUCUAGACCGAGACAAGGAGGAGAUAGUCCUGGGGAGGGAAGCAGCUGCUGGAGGCCAGGGCUCAGUUCAGUGCUUUAGGCCUGGGUAGGCAGUAAAAGCUCCCUCUCUGCCCCUGUGGCAGGACAAAGUCAGGGCUGCGCUUCCUGCAGCCCACACCAUCCCAGCAGGCUCUCAGAGCUGUAAGUGCAUGCCCUGGCCUUGCUGUGAGAGAGAGAGGAGAUUGAGUGAGCACCCAUCCAGCACAGCCACAGAGCACACAGGAGCAGGCACAGGCACAUACCCUCCUUCGAUGUGCAGUCACGUCCGCAGGUGCCUCACCGCGCUGCCCCAAGGCUCUGCCAGCCUGGUGUGCCAGCUUCUGCUCUGACCAGACUCCAUAGGCUAUGGCCAACGAUGUGUGGCUGU